CUCUUCAACAUGGCUGCGCUCAGGGGCAGAGUGGUUCAUGGUUGUCUAACAACUUAUUUCUUUAAUCAGACAAGUAUCUUGAGUGUUUCGACGCUGCCAGCUGCAUCGACGCUGAAUGGGAGAUCGCACCUUCAUACAGUCAGAGGAAGUAGAGGUCCUUUUGUACAGGCUCUGUUUAGGUAUCAUGACCAUCCACAAUUACUAUUGGCAAGUGCUGUGGCUGUGCGCCAUCACAGCUCACAGGCAACAGGUGAAACAGGAUCGCUUACUAGUUCAACAGCAGAUACCUCAGUAUCAGUGUCUGCUCCAGUACCUGUCCCUGUCACUGAGCCCAACCAAAUCAUCACACAGCCAGUCCCAGAACAAGUGUCUGAGACCCCUGUCAUGGCAGCGGAUGUCCUCCAGGGGGCAGGAGCAGAUCUCAGCUUAUCAGAAUUGGGCCUAGGCAACUAUACUCCUGUGGGCCUGAUUGAGAACAUAUUGGAAUUCAUGCACAUCAGUGUUGGGUUACCCUGGUGGGGUGCUAUUGUUGCAGGUACCAUCAUAGCUCGCUGUGCAGUGUUCCCCGUCAUUGUGAAGGGCCAGAGGGAAGCAGCCAAACUGAACAACGUUCUGCCACAGAUGACUAAACUCACCAAUCGCAUGAAUGAGGCCAAGCAGAGUGGCAACAAGUUUGAGUUCUCAAAGGCAUAUUCUGACCUGAUGAUGUUCCAGAAGAAACAUAACGUAAACCCUGUCCGGGGCUUCCUGGUGCCUCUGGUGCAGGCACCAGUCUUCAUUUCCUUCUUCAUUGCUUUGCGUAAGAUGGCCUAUCUUCCUGUGCCCAGUCUGCAGACUGGAGGACUGUGGUGGUUCACAGACCUUACAGCAGCAGAUCCAUUUUAUAUCCUACCAAUUGCUGUCACUGGGACUAUGUUUGCCAUCCUGGAGUUGGGUGCAGAGUCUGGUAUAGACAACCCAAAUCUCAGAGCGAUGAAGACUGUCUUCAGAGUCAUGCCAUUUAUCAUCUUACCAAUGACUAUUAAUUUCCCUACGGCUGUGUUUACAUACUGGCUGACCUCAAACCUUUUCUCACUGGGUCAAGUGGCCUUGCUGAGACAUCCUGCAGUGAGGGAGAAGCUUCAUAUCCCCAAACGCAUCGCUCACCCCUCCUCAGCCCUCCCUGCCAACGAGGGAUUCAUCGACAGCGUCAGGAAAGGUUGGAAAAAUGUCCAGCUGGCUCAUCAGCUGGAGGAGAGAGAAAGGAAGAUUCAGAGACACCUUGACAACGCAGCCAAGGGUCCACUGAAGCAAACCUUCACCCACAAUCCCCUGCAGCAAUCAGCACCCAUGUCAACAGCAAAAUUGGCCAGUCCCAAGCACGUAUCCAAGCAGAGUUCUGGGAAGAAGAGGCCCUGGGAGGAGACGAUUGGCUGACAGCUACCAAGCAAACAGUUUAUAGUCUAACAAUGUUGUAAAUAUUUAUUUUUAAGACACUGUUGAAGUGGAGUCCAGGGACAACUGAGUAUUGGGUGCAAAAGUGAUCAUAUUAAAUGCAUUAUCAUUAAACAUGAAACUGAUCACUUUAUUAUAGAUUUCAGGUUGGUGUCAUUCCAUGUCUAUCUAUAAUACAUAAAUAUAAACUAAACAUGCCCUCAUUUACUUUGGUUUGAUCUCAGAUUCUAAGUGGGAAACUAGGGACAUAUGUUCUUCCAUUCUACCAUAAGUAAAGUGUAAAUUUUGUUUAGCUUUCCUCCAACAUCCUAGGUAUUGCAUUGUAAGAGUACUGUAGUUGAGCCUUUUAACAGUGCAGUGUUUUUUUUCCUUGUGGAAUCUUUGGUAGCUGGUUUAACAUAUAUGUAUACUCUUAAACAGCUGCAUGAACACUUGGACUCACAUUCAUUAAACAGGUACACUGAAUUUCGAAGAGUA